AUGGCCCUCGCCGCUAACCUCGAUGCUGGAAAGGUGAAAGCCGCCCUGGACGCAUGCGCCGCUGCUGAGUCCUUCAACCACAAGACGUUCUUCGCAGCCUGCGGCCUGGCCGGCAAGACCAAUGCUGAACUCGCUGUCGCCUUCGGCAUCAUUGAUCAGGAUGCCUCCGGCUACAUUGAGGAGGAAGAGCUCAAGCUGUUCCUGCAGAACUUCUCCGCUGGUGCCAGAGCACUCACCGACAAGGAGACCAAGGUGUUCCUUGACGCUGGAGACAGUGACAAAGACGGCAUGAUUGGAGUCGAUGAGUUCACCGCUCUUGUCAAGGCAUAA